CAGCCGGUCUGAUGGGGGAGUAGUAACCGGAGACAGGAGGGAGUGACCUGUCUGUCUGUCUGUCUGUCUGUCUGUUACUGAGGAGAGGACGGAAGCUACUGACAUACAGCGAAGAAGAAGUCUUCAGACUCUGUCUAGGGCUGGGCGAUAUGGACCAAAACUCAUAUCCCGAUAUAUUUAGGCUGAAUAUCCAUGUACGAUAUAUGUCCUGUUAUUUUUAUCCCAAAGUGAGAGCAAAUGUUCAGUCAAAGUCAAAACCAAAUGUGACAUGUCACAAGUAACUUUAUUGAAGCCGUUUAUUAAGCCCUUGUUAAGCCACGUUUAUACAUAGCAGGUAUUUAGAGAAACGAAUAUAUCCCCCCACCGUUUCCAAAAAAGGUUGCCAUGCAAGAAGCCAAUCAGAAUCCUCAGAAUCAACAACAACGAACAACACGAGCGACUUCCUGUUCCUUUCAAAACAACUUUUAUGGCCCGAGAUGGUGGUUCUCAGCACUGGUUAGUUGGUCCAGAUGUCGGAGGACCAGCAGCACCAGCGGGCCGACGCCUCCCGGCGAGGGGAGGGCGGCCUGGAGGCGGGGGAGGGCGACACGGAGCCCAGCAUGCUGCUGCAGAAACUCAACAGCAACAUCUCGAAGAGUGUUCAGACCAAAGUGGAUCAGAUUCUGCAAGACGUUCAGCGUUUCUCCGACAACGACAAGCUCUACCUGUACCUGCAGCUGCCCUCCGGACCCAGCGCCGGGGACAAGAGCGGUGGAGACUCCAGUUCGUUCAACACAACCGAUCAGCUUCACACCUGCAACUGGAUCCGCUCUCACCUGGAGGAGCACUCAGACACCUGCCUGCCCAAACAGGACGUCUACGAGACCUACAAGAGAUACUGUGAGAACCUGCAGCAUCGUCCGCUGAGCGCCGCCAACUUUGGGAAGAUCAUCAGAGACAUCUUCCCAAACAUCAAGGCUCGGAGGCUCGGCGGCAGAGGGCAGUCCAAGUACUGCUACAGCGGCAUCAGGAGGAAGACGGUCCUCAACAUGCCGCUACUACCAAACCUGGACCUGAAGAACGACCCGGCGGAGCUCACCGAGCUCGUCCAGACGUACAAACAGGAAGUGACAGAGGCGGCGUGCGAGCUGAUCUGUGAUUGGGCGCAGAAGAUCCUGAAGCGUUCGUUCGACACGGUGGUGGAGAUCGCUCGCUACCUGAUCCAGGAGCACAUCGUCAACCCGCGCAGCAGCCAGGCGGAGCUGGUGGCGUCCGCCGCGCUCGCAGGAGGUCCGGCCAAACCGCACAAAGUCAUCAAGAAGACGCCGGUCAUCUCCAAACCGGAGAGCGACGGAUCUGCUGAUCAGAAGAAGGAGCUGGGAGAGUCGUCGGCGUCGCUGAAGACGCCCGGAGACAAAACAGCCGCCACGUCCAAACCGUCCUCGCUGGACGCUGCGCCUCCUCCUCCCUCCUCGUCCUCGCUGCGUCCCGCGGUUGAAGCCUUCAUGAAGCAGUUACCCAGAAUCCUCCCGCGGAGCUCCAUCCCCGACAAGACGCAGCUCUCCGUCCGCUCCUCGCCGCCCUCGCUGGCUCCCAAAGACGCCUCGGGGGUCGGGGGGGCGUCCGGACCCGGAGGCCCCACCGCGGCCGCCGCCGCCAGCGGUAGCGCGGUGAAGGUCAUCGCCAUGGCAACGGUGCCACAGCAGCAGUUGGUGCUCUUGCCUCAGGGCUGCCUGUCCUACGAGCGGGAGAAGGUCGCCCCGCCGCCGCCGCAGCAGCUCCCGCCCCCUCAGCAGCCGCACGUCACCGCGGCGCCGACCUCCGUGGUCCAGAAGGCUCGAGGGAACGCCACCAAGCGCCCGCUGGAGGGAGUGACGCCAGGUGGCGGCGGCGCUGCGGGGGCGUCCGGCGGCUCGGCUGUUCCUCCGGUGAAACGGAAACGCGGACGGCCGAGAAAACCUCGGCCAGAGGACGCCCUGCCGCCGCCUCCCCCCGCCGCUCUCUCCCCCAAGCCCCCGCCCCCGCUCCCGCCGCCGCCCUCCCACCCGCCCAUCAUCACCUCGCUGACCGGCGGCGUCAUCCAGAAAGCUUCCUCCGCCGCCUCCUCGUCCUUGCAGCCGGUGCUGGAGCUGGUGAUCCAGGACCCACCGGGGCUGGUUCUGAGCCAGCUGCCGGCGGUGACGGACGCCGCGGGUCACCACCGGCUGGUGGAGCACCGCGGUGUGGUGGUGCAGUGUACGCCGGGCGGCGCCGGGGAGCCGGACCGCCACGGCCGCCCGCUGCUGCUGUUCCAGAGCCCGGGGAACCCCGGCUGGGAGCUGGCGCCGUCGGGACGCACCCCGAUGGUCGAGGUCAUCCAGAAAGCUCCGAGGCCCAGCAACAACAACAACAACAGUGCUGCUCCUCCGCCCGCCGCUCACCUCCACGCUGCUCCUCCUCCUCCUCCUCCUCCUCCUGCACUUCCUCCUCCUCCUCCGCCUCCCCUCCCUCUGCCCACGCUGCACGAGGAGCGCGGCGAGGUGGAGAUAACUCUGACGCCGGUGGAGCUGCACGACAACCCGCCGCUUCCUUCCACCUCCUCCUCUUCUCCUCCUGCUGCUGCUGCUCCGCCCCCCUCCUCCUCCUCCUCCACCUCCACCACGGCGGAGAAACAUGAGGAGGAGGAUGUGAAGGAGGAGGGCAGCACCUCCUCAAAGAGAGAGGGACACUAGCUCCCGUCGCUCCUUCCUCCUCCUGGUCUUUUUCUAUCAGCCCUCACUCCGCUUUUACCUCACCUGGACUAAGCCCCGCCCCCUCUUCUUGCUUAUUGGUGGAAAUCCCAGACUGGUGCCAGCAGGGAGCCAGUCGAGGAGGAUACAUGAAGCCAAAACCUCGACACGCUGUCCUCCAUCAGCUCUCAUUGCACUUGUAAACAGACUUUACCUGCAUGUCUGACUGUCUGACUGUCUGUCUGUCUGUCUGACUGUCUGUCUGUCUGACUGUCUGUCUGUCUGUCUGUCUGUCUGUCUGUCUGUCUGUCUGUCUGACUGUCUGUCUGUCUCUCUGUCUGUCUGUCUGUCUGUCUGUCUGUCUGUCUGUCUGUCUGACUGUCUGUCUGUCUGUCUGUCUGUCUGUCUGUCUGUCUGACUGUCUGUCUGUCUCUCUGUCUGUCUGUCUGUCUGUCUGUCUGUCUGUCUGUCUGUCUGACUGUCUGUCUGUGGCUCGAACCAGAAAAUCGACUCCUCAGGGCGCCACGCCUGAAACCACACCUCUUCUUCCCUCCUUCCUCCU